AUGAGACAUUAUGGUGUCUCACCUAGGGAGCAUCAUCGUAUUGGGGGUUGUGAGGCUGAAGACGGUGAGCCUCAGAGUUAUGUACUUCAAGCUCAAACCCAUAUAUUCAAUCACAUUUUUAGCUUCAUAAACUCCAUGUCCCUUAAAUGUGCAAUUGAGUUAUGCAUUCCAGAUGUCAUACACAAGUAUGGCCAACCCAUGCCACUCUCACUACUCAUUGCUUCACUACCAAUCCACCCCUCCAAAACUGGAAGCAUGAAUCAUUUCCUACAACUUAAUGAUCAACCCUUGAGCAUGACAUCUUUUUUGCCUUUCGUACUUGACCCGACUAUGAUAAAUCCAUGGCAGAAAUUUUCUACUUGGUUUAAAAAUGAUGAUCCUACUCCAUUUUACACGGAAAAUGGGAUGACACUUUGGGAUUAUGCUUGCCAUGAGCCCAAAUUCAAUCACGUUCUCAAUGAAGCCAUGGCUAGUGAUGCUCGAUUGAUUUCCAAUGUGGUCGUUGAGAAGUGCGAGGGAGUGUUCAUGGGAUUGGAGUCAUUAGUUGAUGUUGGGGGAGGCACAGGGACUAUGGCAAAGGCCAUUGCCAAGUCAUUCCCACAAUUGGAGUGUAUUGUAUUUGAUCUCCCACAUGUUGUUAAUGGCUUGCAAGGAAGUGACAAUCUAAAAUAUGUUGGAGGUGACAUGUUUGAGUCAAUUCCCUCUGCCGAUUCCAUUUUGUUAAAGUGGAUAUUGCAUGACUGGAACGAUGAGGAAUGUGUGAAAAUACUGAAGAAAUGCAAGGAGGCACUCACUAGCAAAGGUAAAGAAGGGAAGGUGAUAAUCAUUGAGGUCGUGAUGGGGAAUGAAGAGAUAGAUGGUGAAUUUGUUGACACGAAGCUCUUCUUUGAUAUGGAAAUGAUGGCCUUGGUGACUGGAAAAGAGAGAAAUGAGAAAGAAUGGGCCAAGCUUUUUUUCUCUGCUGGUUUCAGUAACUACAAAAUAACUCAACUUCUGGGUUUGAAGUCUCUCAUUGAGGUUUAUCCGUAG